UAUACCUCCAAAUUCUAAUAUUGCAAACAUAUUACUUUGUCCUACUUCUUUCUCCCUCUUACCCAUACUCCAAAUUAAUAUUAACCCUAUCUUUUCUCAUAUAUUCACAAACUCUUUUAUUACCUUGCCAAUUUCCUCUAUCUUCUUAACUUUGACAUUGACUCAAAAUAAUAUACUAUCUUUAUAAGCAUAUUUGUUGAAGAAUCAAAGCAUGGAUGAUUUUGGAAAUUUAAUAAAAGAAGAGUUUGAUGGAUCAUUUUUGAUUCCUCAACCAAAGGAGUGUCUUCAUGAGAAUGGACCUCCACCAUUUCUUACAAAAACAUAUGAACUUGUGGAUGAUCCAAGUAGCAACGACGUCGUUUCUUGGAGUAGAGGUAACAAUAGUUUCAUAGUAUGGGAUCCCCAGAACUUGGCCAUUAAUUUUCUUCCAAGGUAUUUCAAGCAUAACAAUUUCUCAAGCUUUGUCAGGCAGCUCAAUACUUAUGGAUUUAGGAAAGUAAAUCCAGACCAUUGGGAAUUUGCUAAUGGAGGUUUUUUGAGAGGGGAAAAGCAUCUCUUGAGAACAAUUAGGAGAAGAAAAACAAGUAAUUUCAUCAAGUUGUCGUCAUCAAUUAACCAAGGUAUGGAUUCUUCAUCAUCAUCAUGUGUUGAGUUGGGAAGCUUUGGAUCAUUCGAUGGAGAAAUUGAUGAAUUAAGGCGCGACAAGCAGGUUCUCAUGAUUGAACUUGUUAAACUUAAACAGCAUCAAAAGGCUACAAAAUCACAACUUCAAGUUAUGGAACAAAAGCUUCAAGGGACAGAAAUCAAACAGGAGAAAAUAAUGAGUUUCUUGGCUAAAGCAUUACAAAAUCCAAACUUUGUGGAGCAAAUAAUGCAACAAAAGGAUAAAAGGAAACAACUUGAAGAAGCAAUCAACAACAAGAGAAGGAGGCCAAUUGAUUAUCAUCAAGCUGCUGCAUGUCCUAGUAAUAUAAUAAAGUUAGAAUCUCUUGGUGAUCAUGAUAUUAAUAAUGAAUUUGAUGAUGAUUUACAAGUGGCUAUGAACAUGUCACAUGGGAACACAUUAAUCAAUUUGGAAGAAGAAAAUAAUUAUGUUGAGAAAAAUAAUGAAGGAUUUUGGGAGGAUAUGCUGGAUGAGAAUAAUGUUGAAGAUGAGAUUAUGGCUUUGCUUGGUGUUAAUGAACAAGAGGAUGAACAAGUUCAUGUCGAUGUUUUCUCUGAUUAAUUACUUGAAUAAAUUAACAGCCAAUUUAUAAUCUGGCUCAA